UAAUCAAAUCGAAGGAGAGAAACUUUCAAGCCCACGCAGCGUAAAGAGUGAAUGGAAUUUAACUUUUUUAGUUUUUUUAAUGUUUUUCUUCUUUUUUCUAUUUUUAAAAGUAAAGUACCUCGCUAUUGCAUUUACUACGAUGACGGAUAGACGACAACGUAAUCUAGUGAAUUUUCUUGAAAAAACAAAUUAGAAUCGUUUAUUCUGGUUUUAAUAACUUUUCGUGCCAGUAAAAAUGACAGAACCUCUGCCGAUUCCCGGUGAAUACGGGGAAGCGGAAGAGAAUCCUCUCGGUCUGUACGAAGGCGAAAGAAACGAACAAGGCGAUCGACAUGGAUUCGGGAAAACUUUAUUACCCAAUGGAGAUAUGUACGUUGGUCGAUAUUGCGAAGGACUAAGAAACGGCAAAGGUAUCUAUGUAUUUAAGAACGGUGCUCGAUAUGACGGCGAAUGGAGGCAGGGACUUAAAUAUGGCCAAGGGACUUUUUGGUACCCCGAUGGAACGCGAUACGAAGUAUUACGUAAGAUAAAUAAAGGACGAAAGGAAGAAAAUGAUAAAGAUCUAACAGGAGAAUAUCGUUUAACAGGCGACUGGAAGCGUGAUACUAAAUAUGGAUUUGGAGUGUAUUUUUACGAGAAUAAAGAUGUUUACGAAGGUUCCUGGAAAAAGAAUCUUCGUCAUGGUUUGGGAACGUAUCUUUACGCAGCAACCGGGACAAAAUUUAUGGGUACUUGGAUCAAAGAUCGCAUGCAAGGUCCCGGUCAACUUAUUCACCCUCGUCAUCGAUAUCAUGGCUUUUGGGAAUUGAAUUUGGUAAUGCACGCGAAUAUAAUGGACACGGUAACGCUCGUUUUUUUUUUUCUAAGAUUAUCUUAUAACAGCCGUACGGUCGUGGUUGUUUUACUUUCGAGAAUGCUUGUAUGCAACACGGACAUUACAUGCACGUACGAGAUCCUGAUUACGAGCAACCCGAGGAGGAAAGACUUGGAGAUCUUGAUACGAUCAAUUUUUGAAUAAUAUGGGCUUAAUGACAUUAACGGAAUUAACUUUGCUGUAUAUAUUUGUUGAACGCUAAUUCGCAAAUAAAUGUGUAUUUGAUCAGACUAUGGACUUAGAGGCAAGGACGGAUGAAGAAGCGAUCGAAGAUAAACCUGCGGAAGAAAUACCCUUCGAGCCCGUUCCAUUAAAGAAGGGUUUUCUACCUGUAUGGCGUGCACGUUGCAUCACUCCAUAUAAUUCUGAAUUAUUGCCACCGGAACCGAUACCUUUGCAGGAAGAGGUAUUUCAUUCGUUAGAAACGACGACGAUUUUUUUUCUUUUUUUUUUUUUAUAUUAAGCAAUCAAUGGAUAUUAUUUUAAAAAGGACGAAAGCAUGUUUGACUUGGCGCGUAAUAAUUUUCAUUUCAAUAUAGUGAAAUAAAUUGCAUAUAAUAUCGGAAGCGUAUCUUAAAAAGGUGCUGCUUAAAUAGAUACGUGUGUAUA